AUGUCUCAUCAUAUAAAGACAGGUCAUCUACGUUAUUUUCAUAAGGGUUUAUUGUCGAAAAAGUGGAAAGAUUAUUAUUUUGUACUUUUUGACGAUUCAACCUUGCAAUGGUUUGAGAAACAAACUGAUCGCAAACCUGAAGGAGGAAUACGCAUUCGUGAUAUAGCGCAAAAUCUUUGCGUCGGACCUUAUACACGAUGUUUACCGAAUCGACCGCCUUUUCCUCGACCGACUGAUGAAGCUAACCUGAUUGCAUUGCCGCGUUCAACACCUGGACAUCACGAUCAGGAAAUUGUCUGGAUUCUUUGUAACGAUGUUACCCAUCUCAAUGAUUGGAUGAAAGCAAUCGUUUCUACAUUGCCACCACCACCGCAACCGCCGUCUCAACAACAGGGAGAUAAUAUUCGACCAUCAGCACCACCAGCAUCAGGUCCUCCUCCGCCAUAUUCUGCGUCGGGUUCUUAUCCUCGUCCACAACAACAGUCGAUGUAUCCCAAUCUACCAGGUAAUCAAUCACAACAACCACAAUACCGUGCACCAUACGGUGGCUCAGGGGCAUCAAGUAGUCAACAGCCUGGUUACAAUCAUACAACAGUCGUCGUACAACCAUCACCAACUUAUGCUGGUUCAGGAGGCGGUUACGGUGGAUAUCGGGGAGGUGGCGGAAGUUCAUUAGCUGGUGUUGGACUUGGUUUAGCUGGUGGAGCAUUACUUGGUGGUGCUCUUGGAUAUGCAUGGGGUGGCGGAUUCGGUGGCCAUGGAGGCUGGGGCUAUGGCAUGGGACCAUCUGGAUAUUAUGGUGGUGGUGGUUAUGGUGGCUAUGGUGGUUGGGGCGCUGGUAACGACACGACCAUUAUAAAUAAUUACUAUGAUAAUGAUACUACCAACAACUACAAUAACGAUACAACAAACAAUGAUUAUACAAAUUAUAACGACAAUGAUUACCAACAGUCGAACAGUUUUGACUAUGAUACAAAUAAUGGUCAGAAUGACAACGACUAUGGAGCUGGAUCGGAUAGUUACGGUGGUGGUGGAGAUUACGGCGGGGGUGAUGAUUUUGGCGGAGGCGAUUAUGGAGGCGAUAAUGACUAUGGCGGUGGAGAUUUUGGCGGCGGAGAUUUUGGUGGCGGAGAUUUUGGUGGUGGUGGUGACUUUGGUGGAGGCGGCGAUUGGUGA